UGUAUAAGUAUGAAGGCAGAUGGAGAUCAAACAGCAGAGAUAACAAGCUGAACUUAGCUGAGAUUUUCUAACCACUGUUGCUCCCUGACACCAACAAACACACACCAGGAUGGCUCGUCUUGCUCUGUCUGCGAUUGUGAUGAUGGUGGCCUUCAUCGCUCUCACUGAAGGCCUGCGUGGAGUUGGCCCAAAGAAGUGCUGCUUCAAGUUCAAUGACAAGCAGGUGUCAAAAGAUAAAGUUAUGAGCUACCUCAAAACCAGUCAGCGCUGCUCCAACUCUGCCAUCUUGCUGAACAUGGUGACCGGCCGUCAGCUGUGUGUCAAACCUUCAACCCCCUGGGUGAAGGAUCUCAUCACCUACCUGGACACCAAGAAUAUUUCUGGUGCAAACUCCAACCUGUAAACUUGACAAUAAUAUGCCAACACACCAGCUUGCAUAAAUAUGUAGGUUGUGAUGCUACAGUUUCUUACAGAAAACAGCAGCUCUCUUUCCAUGAUAUUUACCAAAUAUUCUAAUAUUUUAUGGUAGACUACCAAGAUGAGAUGAAGGAGAAUUAAUUUUUAUCAUAUAAAUGAAGAAUGUUUUUUAUUAUGGUUGUUGUGGAACAACAGGUGUAUUUUUGUUAAAUGCAACACUUUAAGUUCAACCGUCAACACUGUAAGCUUUGAUUGGAGUUUGAACUGACCAGAUAAAGUAUCUAUUGUAAAAGACAAAUGUCUUCCAAACGAACAAAGUGUCAUCUUUAUUAAAUAAGCUAUGGUCUAUUGCACUUGCUAAUGUAUAAGGAAUACAGCAAAACUUUAGUUGCUGUAAUUUAUUUGUUUUUACUCUCUUUUUAUAGUCAUGCAUUUCAACUCUCUCAGUUAUUGACAGAAGUAUUGUACUCCUUUCAGAUGUAUGUAAUCAGUUUUUUUCUGUAUGCUUAAAUUUAUGGAACUUUUAUAAAAUAAACCUACAU